AUGGACGACCCCCCCAGCCUCCCGCUGGCAGACUCGUCAGACUGCAGCUUCGCAGCGUAUUCCUCUGGCUCUGAGCUGAGCUCACCUCCUGCGUCGCCGCAAACGCCGCCGGGCUUCUAUCCCUCGCCGCCGCCCACGCAGGAGGACGAGCAGCAGCAGCAGGAGCGCGCCCGGACUGGCCGCCAAGACGAGCCGCCCAAAAAGAAACGCCGAGUGGGCCCCGCGCCGCGUUCAACGCAGCAGCUCGACCUGACCGAUUCGGCAAAGCUGCCCUACACUGACCAGCUCGCCCAGAUCGACCUGCUCGUCAAGACCCUGCGCACCCACCGCAAGAUCGUCGUCAUUGCCGGCGCUGGCAUCUCGACCUCUGCUGGUAUCCCUGACUUCCGCUCGUCGAGUGGCCUGUUCAAGUCCGUGCAGAAAAAGCACAACCUCAAGGCUUCUGGAAAAUUGCUGUUCGACGCGGCUGUCUACCGCGAUGAUUCCCUCACUGCAUCCUUCCAUGAAAUGGUACGCACGCUCUCCAAGGAGGCCGCAGACUCAACCCCGACCGCCUUCCAUCACAUGCUCGCAAGAAUCGCCCAAGACAACCGCUUGUCGCGCCUGUAUACUCAGAACAUCGACUGCAUCGAAUCCUCCAUGCCGCCUCUUGCAACUCAAGUCCCCUUGGCUCCCAAAGCGCCAUGGCCGCGCUGUAUUCAGCUCCAUGGAAGUCUGAAAAUGAUGGUUUGUCAGAAAUGUCGCCAUUUGAGUGAGUUCGAUGGCACUCUAUUUGAAGGCCCCGAUGCGCCUGCAUGUCCCGCCUGCACCGAGACCGACGAUUUGCGCACCACAACCGGUCAGCGAAGCCAUGGGGUGGGCAAAAUGCGACCUCGCAUCGUGCUGUACAACGAACAUAAUCCCGAUGAAGAAGCGAUUGCCUCCGUCAUGAAUACCGAUAUUCGCUCUCGACCUGAUGCUGUCAUUGUAGUGGGAACCAGCUUGAAGAUCCCUGGUGUGCGCCGUCUCGUCAAAAGUCUAUGCAAGGUUGUUCGAAGUCGUCGCAACGGGGUGGCUAUGUGGAUUAACAAUGAGCCUCCCGUAGGCAAAGAGUUUGAGGAUUGUUGGGAUCUGAUAGUCAAGGGCAACUGUGAGGAGGUCGCUCGACUUGCUAGCUUGAAGAAAUGGAACGAUGACAGCCCCGAUGUCUUCGAGCAGUGUGACGCAUCCGAGGUUGAGCGGUUGAAGCAACAAGGACAGGUCUCGGUUGUGGUUAAUACCCCGAAGAAGAAGGUCAAGACUUGCGAUACUGGUUUCCUCACCCCUACAUCGAAUAAUGAUGAAAGCGGUGCGGAACUUCCACAUAAACGGUCGAAAAUCACACUCGCGAACCCUGCAAGCAAAGGGAAAAGUCUUACUGAAAUGCUGGUUGCGAGCAAAACCAACGACAAGAAGAAACCAUCUGCCAAACCCAAGGCAGCUGCAAAGCCUACUGCAAAGACAACUAAAAAACCUCGUGCGACCAAAGCACAAUCCUCUAAAAUCACGGAAUUCAGCAAAGUCACUAAAGGGCCCAAGAUUGCAGACUCAAAUAAACAAGCCAAGUCUGAUAUGGAUAAUAUUUCCAAGGCAAUAAAAGUCCUCCCAGCAUGGGAAGCUCGAAGCAAUCAGCCCCCGAUGUUUCCGCGCCUGGUUGGACCGUUAUCAAAAGACAGUCAAUUAUAUCAAAACGGGCCCGAGAACAAUAUAUCUCCAGAACAAACAGCAAAGGCAUGA